AUGUCGGAAAAAGGCGAAUCAAACGGACAUAUUACGGUCACAGUCACCUCACCCUCAAACGAGGAACAGGUCAUCACUGAUGAGGAACAGGUCAUCACUGAUGAGGAAAACGAUGACGAGCUCCAAGUUGAAGUGGAGGCGAAGCGGAAAGGAUGGGGAAAUAAAUUGGAGUACAUGCUUGCCACUGUCGGAUUUGCUGUUGGUCUUGGAAAUGUAUGGCGUUUCCCUUACUUGUGCCAAAAGAAUGGAGGAGGUGCUUUUCUCAUCCCGUACGUCUUCAGUUUGGUUGUAAUGGGAAUCCCCCUGUUUUUCAUGGAGUUGGCGAUUGGUCAGAGCCUGCGUCAAGGAUCUGUGGGUGUGUGGAAUGCCAUUCACCCCUUCUUGGGUGGACUGGGGUUCGCAUCAGUGGUUAUCUGCCUGUUGGUGGGCCUGUACUACAACAUGAUCAUCGCCUGGUGCUUUUACUAUUUAUUCGCUUCUUUCCAGGACCCUUUGCCUUACGCCAAUUGUCCUAUGGUGGAUAAUGUCACUUUCGUGGAGGAGUGUCACUUAGCAGGCCGUACACAGUAUUACUGGUACAGGAAUGCCUUAGAAAUAAGUGCGUCCAUCGAAGAGAGUGGAGGACUCCUGUGGCAUUUGUGCCUGGUCUUGCUGCUCUCUUGGAUUGUUGUAUUCUUGUGCAUGAUGCGUGGUGUGGAAUCAGCAGGAAAAGCAGUCUACUUCACCGCCACAUUUCCAUACGUCGUACUGAUUAUCUUCUUUGGUCGUGGGAUCAGUUUACCAGGCUCUGUUGAUGGCGUCAAACACAUGUUUACCCCUCAGUUUGAUAAACUUACUGAUCCUCAAGUCUGGCUGGAAGCCGCCACACAGAUUUUCUACUCGUUAGGAGUUGCUUUCGGUGGACUCAUCGCCAUGUCCAGUUACAACGAUGUCCAUAACAAUUGCAAACGGGACGCUAUUCUGGUGUCCACCAUCAACUGUGGCACCUCAAUCUUUGCUUCAAUUGUCAUUUUCUCCAUUCUUGGAUUCAAGGCCCAUCAUUCAUAUCACGAAUGUUUGGAUAUCUACGGAGGAAAUAGCACCAACAUUGAAAAGCAUUGUAAGGAUUUGGAAUUUUGGUUGUCUGAGUCUGCACAGGGACCUGGGUUAACAUUCAUCGCCUUCACGGAAGCGAUAGUGAAGAUGCCCAUAUCCCCGCUGUGGGCUGUGCUGUUUUUUUGCAUGUUACUGACUCUUGGACUCGGCAGUAUGUUUGGAACUUUGGAGGGAGCGCUCACACCUUUAUAUGACCUUCAAAUUUUUCCUUGCAGGAAAGAGAUCCUCACUGGUAUCCUCUGUGUUGCUAGUUUCCUGGUUGGUUUGUUAUUCUGUCAGAGGUCCGGCGAGUACUGGCUGCAGAUGUUUGAUUCGUUCAGUGGAACCAUUCCUGUUCUGUUCAUCGGCUUCUUUGAGCUGAUUGCUGUUCAUUACAUCUAUGGUGCAUCCAAGUUUGAGGAUGAUAUCGAGUACAUGAUUGGAAGCCGACCUGGGUGGUAUUGGAAGAUCACAUGGCGCUUUGUUGCCCCAUUCCUUGUUUUCAGUAUUCUGGUGGCUAGUAUAGUAAACAUGGGAAUCAAACCUAUCGUUUAUUCAGCCUGGCAUCCGGAACUUGCAGACGUGGUCCCGACUCAAUAUCCAAAUUGGGGAUAUGUUGUAAUAGUCAUUCUGAUUCUGUCGUCGUGUUUCUUUAUUCCAUUCAUCUUUAUACUGCGGAGGUUUGGUUUCACUAAUUACGAGAAAAAAGUGAGGCGCUCUGUGAGGGGAGAUGACGUCAUACCUCCGGGAUCUCUGACACCCCAAUUGUCACGUGUCGCACUAAAUUUAUCAGAAGAACCGCUGGGUGGGACCGACGACUUUGACGAAAAGUAUGAAUCGUAA